AUGUUCAAAGCAUUUUCAAAAACCUUCCUCGGCGGCCACCGUCUCUUCAACUUCAGACCCACCACGAAAAUCCCCCACCACAUCACUCUCUCGCCCAUGUCAACCGCCGUCACCGCCGUCAAGCGCGUGGGCACCCACAACGGGAGCUUCCACUGCGACGAAGCCCUCGGCUGCUUCAUGAUCCGCCUCACCAAAAAGUUCUCAGACGCUCACAUCGUCCGCACGCGUGACCCGCAGGUUUUGGAGAGUCUUGAUGCUGUGCUUGAUGUUGGUGGGGUUUACGAUCCUACCAGAGACCGAUACGAUCAUCAUCAGAAGGGUUUUGAAGAGGUUUUUGGGCAUGGAUUUGAUACUAAGCUCAGUAGUGCUGGUCUUGUUUAUAAGCAUUUUGGUAAAGAGAUAAUAGCUAAGGAACUUCAAGUAGAUCAAGAACAUCCAGAUGUGCACCGAUUAUUUCUGGCAGUUUAUAAGAGCUUCAUGGAGGCAAUUGAUGCCAUCGACAAUGGAAUCAAUCAGUACGACACUGACCAGCCCCCAAGAUACGUGAACAGUACACACUUGUCUUCACGGGUAGGAAAACUGAAUUUGGAUUGGGUAGAUCCUGAUCAGUCAUCUGAGAAGGAAAACGAGGCCUUUGAAAAAGCCAUGGCUCUUGCUGGGGGAGAGUUUUUGGAUAGCGUACGAAGUCAUGCGAGAUCAUGGCUACCUGCUCGGUCAAUUGUGAUUGAAUGUCUUGAAGCACGGCUGGAUGUUGAUCCAAGUGGAGAAAUUAUGGUUCUCAACAGAUUUUGCCCGUGGAAGCUUCACUUGUUUGAGCUCGAGGAAGAGUUGCAGAUAAACCCACCUAUCAAAUAUGUGCUUUAUCAGGAUGAGAGGAGCAAAAGUUGGCGAGUGCAGGCAGUGGCAAUAGCACCCGAUAGAUUCGAGAGCCGAAAGGCACUUCCUGCGCAGUGGCGUGGUCUGAGAGACGAUGAGUUAUCCAAGGAAUCGGGAAUUCCGGAUGGGGUUUUUGUACACAUGAGCGGAUUCAUUGGCGGGAAUAGAACUUUCGAGGGUGCACUUGCAAUGGCUAAAGCUGCUCUCAAAUUUUGA